AUGGCGCGGGAGGGAACAAUUCGACUGACAUUGAUUUUCAUCUUCGUUUCAACCGCUUCGGCGGAUGUUAAUUCCUGCAUUGGCAAGGCUUUGCUGAAAUCCGACCAAGUAUCCUGUCAAGAUAAACAACUAAUUUUAGAUGAGCAUAAUGAUAUUAGACAAAAAAUAAGUUUUGGAGAGAUCCAAGGAAUGCCUACUGCUGCCAAUAUGAGAGAGCUGACCUGGGACGAUGAACUUGCUGAUAUGGCGCAAAAUUGGGCAACUAAAUGUGCUGAGAUCCGCGAUCCUGUCAGACAUAUUCGGGGAUUCUAUGUGGAACAAAAUAUGCUUAAAACAAUUUCAUCGACGCAAUUCAACGAUUUGCCAGACUGGCGUCAAGCGAUCUACAAUUGGUUCAACGAAGUGCAAUAUAAGGGCGGUAUUAGCCAUUACAAUCAGAUAUUCUGGGCUAAUAGUCAUUUAAUAGGCUGUGGUUAUACUUACUAUUUUGAUGCGGGCCAUGGAUACAUCAAAAAUUACGUAUGCAAUUAUGCACCUGGCGAUAACGUAGACGGUCAUCUACCGUAUGAGCAAGGCCAACCUGCCUGUAGCAAUUACGGGAUGACUUCUUCAAGUCGAUUUAAAGGCCUUUGUUCUGCAGGAACCAAUAAUUAUCUGGGAACCCGGUGCAAUUAAUUGCUGUUUAAAUGCUGUUUAAAUGAAAACAGAAAAACAAAGUUCACAUAUUUUUAUCAAUGAUCGAUUAAGG